UGCUGUCCUUUCGGAAGCCUCGGACUUCACCCUAAAGCAAAAAGGGUUAUUUUCAAAGAACUCCGAAAAAAGUAAACAUGGCAGAAAAUUCUCACGUGGAUUUGGGUUUUGUGGAGAAAACCGACCCAGAGAAAUUGACAUGCCAACAAUUUCCAAGCAAAGUUGGAGGAAAGCCUGCUUGGUUAUCACUCUCACCUCUUCCCUCACCAGAUCAGUUGUCAUGCCCGAAAUGCAAUGCAGUAUGCGUGUUUUUACUACAAGUUUAUGCACCAGUUGAUGAUGAUGACAAUGCGUUUCACAGGACAGUGUUUGUAUUUCUUUGUAAGAAUCCAGAAUGUCAUCAACUAAACUCCAGUGUUCCAUUCAUUGUUCUGAGGUCUCAGCUUCCGCGAGUUAAUGACUUUUACAGCCCAGAACCCCCAACACCGGCAACGCCCGUGCCAAUCAAAGGGGACAAACUCUGCGUGGUGUGUGGCAGUGUUGGACCUAAAUGUUGCUCUAAAUGUCACUCCAGGUCUUACUGUUGUAAAGAACAUCAGACGAUUGACUGGAAAGGCGGACACAAACAGAAUUGUUCAGACACCCAAGAGGACAGGUGUUCUGAGAGGUCAAAGGUUCUCUUCCAGGAAUACGAAUUGUUGAUUGAGGAGGAAGCGUUCCAAAAGGAGGAGGAAAAAUCUGAGGCUGAGAAGAAACAGGAGCUGCAAUCGUUCCUAAAGUCCGACAAAGCCAGCUCUCUCCUCCAAGAAUGUCCUCCCGAGGACAUGGAGAAAAUGUCGAACCAGUCGGAGGACAAAGUGUUCCUCAAGUUCAGGAAACGAGUGGGGCAUGCUCCCGAUCAGGUUCUGCGUUAUGACAGAGGAGGGUGUGCAUUGUUGGUUUCCGAGGACAACAAGCCGGAUAACAUACCAGACUGUUCCUGUGGAGCCAAAAGAGAGUUUGAGUUUCAGGUGAUGCCCCAGCUUCUGUGUCACCUGGGGGUGGAUCGUGUGGGAGCCAGCAUUGACUGGGGGACUCUCUGUGUCUACACAUGUUCAGCAAAUUGUGACACUGGGAACCAGUAUCAACAGGAGUAUCUAUGGAAACAAGACUAUUCCAAAUAGAUUGUAUCUAUGGAAACAAGACUAAUAUUCCAAAUAGAUUGUAUCUAUGGAAACUAGACUUUUCCAAAUAGAUUGUAAUCCUGACUGUGAUUUUGGUGUUCUUGAGAGAAGUUUUUAUCUUCAGUGAAAAUCUUUGGUGCCUGUUGUGUUAAGAUUGAUUAAAAAUUGUGUACAUGUUAUACAAAUAUUUUUGAUGGCAAUGCAUUUUGUGAAAUAAUAAAAAUCUCGGACCUUUUUA